AUGAUUUCAUUAACACAAUUUUUUGUCUUUUUUCUCUAUAAAAACUCAAAAGAUUCCACAACUCUGGGUUCAACAACAUUGCAAUCAAUAACAGAAACUAGCACAGAAUAUUCAACAACUCUGGAUUCAACAACAUUACAAUCAACAUCUGAAGCUAGCACAGAUUCCACAACUCUGGGUUCAACAACAUUGCAAUCAACAACAGAAACUAGCACAGAAUAUUCAACAACUCUGGAUUCAACAACAUUACAAUCAACAUCCGAAGCUAGCACAGCAGAUAAUACAUCUCUGAGCUCAACAACAUUUCAACCCACAACAGAAAAUAGCACAGAAUAUUCAACAACUCUGGAUUCAACAACAUUACAAUCAACAUCCGAAGCUAGCACAGAUUCCACAACUCUGGGUUCAACAACAUUGCAAUCAACAACAGAAACUAGCACAGAAUAUUCAACAACUCUGGAUUCAACAACAUUACAAUCAACAUCCGAAGCUAGCACAGAUUCCACAACUCUGGGUUCAACAACAUUGCAAUCAACAACAGAAACUAGCACAGAAUAUUCAACAACUCUGGAUUCAACAACAUUACAAUCAACAUCCGAAGCUAGCACAGAUUCCACAACUCUGGGUUCAACAACAUUGCAAUCAACAACAGAAACUAGCACAGAAUAUUCAACAACUCUGGAUUCAACAACAUUACAAUCAACAUCCGAAGCUAGCACAAUAACCCACAAAUUAGAAAAAAAAAAAAUUUCUACUUAUAAAACAGAACACAAUUUUUUCUUUUUUCUCUAUAAAAACUCAAAAGAUUCCACAACUCUGGGUUCAAAAACAUUGCAAUCAACAACAGAAACUAGCACAGAAUAUUCAACAACUCUGGAUUCAACAACAUUACAAUCAACAUCCGAAGCUAGCACAGAUUCCACAACUCUGGGUUCAACAACAUUGCAAUCAACAACAGAAACUAGCACAGAUUCCACAACUCUGGGUUCAACAACAUUGAAGUCAACAACAGAAACUAGCACAGCAGAUUCUACAUCUUUUAGCUUAACAACAGUUCAAUCAACAACAGAAACUGGCACAGAAGAUGCAACUACCAAAGAAAUAAUAACACCAGAAGAUACAACUACUGAAGAGAAAGUCACAGCAGAAGAUACAACUACCGAAAAAAUAAUAACACCAGAAGAUACAACUACUAAAGAGACUUUUUCACCAGAACAUACAACUACUGAAAAGAUAGUUACACCAGAAGAUACAACUACUAAAGAGAUAGUAACACCAAAAGACACAACUACUGAAGAGACUUUUUCACCAGAAGAUACAACUACUAAAGAGACUUUUUCACCAGAAGAUAAAACUACUGAAGUGACUUUUUCACAAGAAGAUACAACUACUAAAGAGAUAGUUACACAAGAAGACACAACUACUGGAGAGACUUUUUCACCAGAAGAUACAACUACUGAAGAGAUAGUUACACCAGAAGAUACAACUACUCAAGAGAUAGUUACACUAGAAGAUACAACUACUGAAGAGAUAGUUACACAAGAAGACACGACUACUGAAGAGAUAGUUACACAAGAAGAUACAACUACUGAAGAAAAAGUUACACCAGAAGACACAACUACUGAAGAGAUAGUUACGCCAGAAGAUACAACUACUGAAGAGAUAGUUACACAAGAAAAUAAAACUACUGAAGAGAUAGUUACACCAGAAGACACAACUCCUGGAAAGACUUUUUCACCAGAAGAUACAACUACUGAAGAGAUAGUUACACCAGAAGAUACAACUACUGAAAAGAUAGUUACACCAGAAGAUACAACUACUGCAGAGAUAGUUACACCAGAAGAUACAACUACUGAAGAAAUAGUUACAACAGAAGAUACAACUACUGAAGAGAUAGUUACAAGAAUUGACACAACUACUGAAGAGCCCUUUUCACCAGAAGAUACAACUACUGAAGAGAUAGUUACACCAGAAGAUACAACUACUAAAGAGAUAGUUACACUAGAAGACACGACUACUGAAGAGAUAGUUACACCAGAAGAUACAACUACUAAAGAGAUAGUUACACCAGAAGACACAACUACUGGACAGACUUUUUUACCAGAAGACACAACUACUGGACAGACUUUUUUACCAGAUACAACUACUGAAGAGAUAGUUACACCAGAAGAUACAACUACUGAAGAGAUAGUUACACCAGAAGAUACAACUACUGAAGAGAUAGUUACACCAGAAGACAUAACUACUGGAGAGACUUUUUCACCAGAAGAUACAACUACUGAAGAAAUAGUUACACCAGAAGAUACAACUACUGAAGAGAUAGUUACACCAGAAGAUAUAACUACUGAAGAGAUAGUUACACCAGAAGAUACAACUACUGAAGAGAUAGUUACAAGAGAAGACACAACUACUGAAGAGCCUUUUUCACCAGAAGAUACAACUACUGAAGAGAAAGUUACACCAGAAGAUACAACUACUGAAGAGAUAGUUACACCAGAAGAUACAACUACUGAAGAGAUAGUUACACCAGAAGAUACAACUACUGAAGAGAUAAUUACAAGAGAAGACACAACUAAUGAAGAAAUAGUUACACCAGAAGACACAACUACUGAAGAGAUAGUUACACCAGAAGAUACAACUACUGAAGAGAUAGUUACGCCAGAAGAUACAACUACUGAAGAAAUAGUUACACCAGAAGACACAACUACUGAAGAGAUAGUUACACCAGAAGAUACAACUGCUGAAGAGAUAGUUACACCAGAAGAUACAACUACUGAAGAGAUAGUUACAAGAGAAGACACAACUACUGAAGAGCCUUUUUCAUUAGAAGAUACAACUACUGAAGAGAUAGUUACACCAGAAGAUACAACUACUGAAGAGAUAGUUACACCAGAAGAUACAACUACUGAAAAGAUAGUUACAAGAGAAGACACAACUACUGAAGAGACUUUUUCACCAGAAGAUACAACUACUGAAGAGAAAGUUACACCAGAAGAUACAACUACUGAAGAGAUAAUUACAGGAGAAGACACAACUACUGAACAGCCUUUUUCACCAGAAGAUACAACUACUGAAGAGAUAGUUACACCAGAAGAUACAACUGCUGAAGAGAUAGUUACACCAGAAGAUACAACUACUAAAGAGAUAGUUACACCAGAAGACACGACUACUGAAGAGAUAGUUACACCAGAAGACACAACUACUGGAGAGACUUUUUCACCAGAAGAUACAACUACUGAAGAGAUAGUUACACCAGAAGACACAACUACUGAUGAGAUAUUUACAAGAGAAGACACAACUACUGAAGAGAUAGUUACACCAGAAGAUACAACUACUGAAGAGAUAGUUACAUCAGAAGAUACAACUACUGAAGAGAUAGUUACACAAGAAGAUACAACUACUGAAGAUAUAGUUACAUCAGAAGAUACAACUACUGAAGAAAUAGUUACUUCAGAAGACACAACUACUGAAGAGCCUUUUUCACCAGAAGAUACAACUACUGAAGAGAUAGUUACACCAGAAGAUACAACUACUGAUGAGAUAUUUACAAGAGAAGACACAACUACUGAAGAGAUAGUUACACCAGAAGAUACAACUACUGAUGAGAUAUUUACAAGAGAAGACACAACUACUGAAGAGAUAGUUACACCAGAAGAUACAACUACUGAUGAGAUAUUUACAAGAGAAGACACAACUACUGAAGAGAUAGUUACACCAGAAGAUACAACUACUGAAGAGAUAGUUACAUCAGAAGAUACAACUACUGAAGAGAUAGUUACACCAGAAGAUACAACUACUGAAGAGAUAGUUACAAGAGAAGACACAACUACUGAAGAGCCUUUUUCACCAGAAGAUACAACUACUGAAGAGAAAGUUACACCAGAAGAUACAACUACUGAAGAGAUAAUUACAAGAGAAGACACAACUACUGAAGAGCCUUUUUCACCAGAAGAUACAACUACUGAAGAGAUAGUUACACCAGAAGAUACAACUACUGAAGAGAUAGUUACACCAGAAGAUACAACUACUGAUGAGAUAUUUACAAGAGAAGACACAACUACUGAAGAGAUAGUUACACCAGAAGAUACAACUACUGAAGAGAUAGUUACAUCAGAAGAUACAACUACUGAAGAGAUAGUUACACAAGAAGAUACAACUACUGAAGAGAUAGUUACACAAGAAGAUACAACUACUGAAGAAAUAGUUACUUCAGAAGACACAACUACUGAAGAGCCUUUUUCACCAGAAGAUACAACUACUGAAGAGAUAGUUACACCAGAAGAUACAACUACUGAUGCGAUAUUUACAAGAGAAGACACAACUACUGAAGAGAUAGUUACACCAGAAGAUACAACUACUGAUGAGAUAUUUACAAGAGAAGAUACAACUACUGAAGAGAUAGUUACACAAGAAGACACAACUACUGAAGAGAUAGUUACACCAGAAGAUACAACUACUGAAAAGAUAGCUACACCAGAAGAUAGAACUACUGAAGAGAUAGUUACACCAGAAGACACGACUACUGAAGAGAUAGUUACACCAGAAGGUACAACUACUGAAGAAAUAGUUACACCAGAAGACACAACUAUUGAAGAGAUAGUUACAUUAGAAGAUACAACUACUGAAGAGAUAGUUACACCAGAAGAUAAAAUUACUGAAGAGAUAGUUACAAGAGAAGACACAACUACUGAAGAGCCUUUUUCACCAGAAGAUACAACUACUGAAGAGAAAGUUACACCAGAAGAUACAACUACUGAAGAGAUAGUUACACCAGAAGAUACAACUACUGAAGAGAUAGUUACACCAGAAGAUACAACUACUGAAGAGAUAAUUACAAGAGAAGACACAACUACUGAAGAGCCUUUUUCACCAGAAGAUACAACUACUGAAGAGAUAGUUACGCCAGAACAUACAACUACUGAAGAAAUAGUUACACCAGAAGACACAACUACUGAAGAGAUAGUUACACCAGAAGAUACAACUGCUGAAGAGAUAGUUACACCACAGGAUACAAUUACUGAAGAGAUAGUUACAAGAGAAGACACAACUACUGAAGAGCCUUUUUCACCACAAGAUACAACUACUGAAGAGAUAGUUACACCAGAAGAUACAACUACUGAAGAGAUAGUUACACCAGAAGAUACAACUACUGAAGAGAUAGUUACACCAGAAGAUACAACUACUGAAGAGAUAGUUACAAGAGAAGACAGAACUACUGAAGAGAUAGUUACACCAGAAGAUACAACCAUUGAAGAAAUAGUUACACCAGAAUACACAACUACUGAAGAAAUAGUUACACCAGAAAAUACAACUACUGAAGAGACUUUUUCAGCGGAACAUUUAACUACUGAAGAGAUAGUUACACCAGAAGAUACAACUACUGAAGAGAUAGUUACAAGAGAAGACACAACCACUGAAGAGCUUCUUUCACCAGAAGAUACAACUACUGAAGAGAAAGUUACACCAGAAGAUACAACUACUGAAGAGAUAGUUACACCAGAAGAUACAACUACUGAAGAGAUAGUUACACCAGAAGAUACAACUACUGAAGAGAUAAUUACAAGAGAAGACACAACUACUGAAGAGCCUUUUUCACCAGAAGAUACAACUACUGAAGAGAUAGUUACGCCAGAAGAUACAACUACUGAAGAAAUAGUUACACCAGAAGACACAACUACUGAAGAGAUAGUUACACCAGAAGAUACAACUGCUGAAGAGAUAGUUACACCAGAUUAUACAACUACUGAAGAGAUAGUUACAAGAGAAGACACAACUACUGAAGAGCCUUUUUCACCAGAAGAUACAACUACUGAAGAGAUAGUUACACCAGAAGAUACAACCACUGAAGAAAUAGUUACACCAGAAGACACAACUACUGAAGAGAUAGUUACACCAGAAAAUACAACUACUGAAGAGACUUUUUCACCAGAACAUAUAACUACUGAAGAGAUAGUUACACCAGAAGAUACAACUACUAAAGAGAUAGUUACACCAGAAGACACAACUACUGAAGAGAUAGUUACACCAGAAGAUACAACUACUGAAGAGAUAGUUACACCAGAAGAUACAACUACGAAAGGAAUAAUAACACCAGAAGAUACAACGACAGAAGAAAUAGUACUACCAGAAGAUACAACUACUAAAGAGAUAGUUACACCAGAAGAUACAACUGCUGAAGAGAUAGUUACACCAGAACAUAUAACUACUGAAGAGAUAGUUACACCAGAAGAUACAACUACUGAAGAGAAAGUUACACCAGAAGACACAACUACUGAAGAGAUAGUUACACCAGAAGAUACAACUGCUGAAGAGAUAGUUACACCAGAUUAUACAACUACUGAAGAGAUAGUUACAAGAGAAGACACAACUACUGAAGAGCCUUUUUCACCAGAAGAUACAACUACUGAAGAGAUAGUUACACCAGAAGAUACAACUACUGAAGAGAUAGUUACACCAGAAGAUACAACUACUGAAGAGAUAGUUUCACCAGAAGAUACAACUACUGAAGAGAUAGUUACAAGAGAAGACACAACUACUGAAGAGAUAGUUACACCAGAAGAUACAACCACUGAAGAAAUAGUUACACCAGAAUACACAACUACUGAAGAGAUAGUUACACCAGAAAAUACAACUACUGAAGAGACUUUUUCACCAGAACAUAUAACUACUGAAGAGAUAGUUACACCAGAAGAUACAACUACUAAAGAGAUAGUUACACCAGAAGACACAACUACUGAAGAGAUAGUUACACCAGAAGAUACAACUACUGAAGAGAUAGUUACACCUGAAGAUACGACUACGAAAGGAAUAAUAACACCAGAAGAUAAAACGACAGAAGAAAUAGUACUACCAGAAGAUACAACUACUAAAGAGAUAGUUACACCAGAAGAUACAACUGCUGAAGAGAUAGUUACACCAGAAGAUACAACGACAGAAGAAAUAGUACUACCAGAAGAUACAACUACUGAAGAGAUAGUUACACCAGAAGAUACAACUACUGAAGAGAUAGUUACAAGAGAAGACACAACUACUGAAGAGAUAGUUACACCAGAAGAUACAACCAUUGAAGAAAUAGUUACACCAGAAGACACAACUACUGAAGAGAUAGUUACACCAGAAAAUACAACUACUGAAGAGACUUUUUCACCGGAACAUUUAACUACUGAAGAGAUAGUUACACCAGAAGAUACAACUACUGAAGAGAUAGUUACAAGAGAAGACACAACUACUGAAGAGCUUUUUUCACCAGAAGAUACAACUACUGAAGAGAAAGUUACACUAGAAGAUACAACUACUGAAGAGAUAGUUACACCAGAAGAUACAACUACUAAAGAGAUAAUUACAAGAGAAGACACAACUACUGAAGAGCCUUUUUCACCAGAAGAUACAACUACUGAAGAAAUAGUUACACCAGAAGACACAACUACUGAAGAGAUAGUUACACCAGAAGAUACAACUGCUGAAGAGAUAGUUACACCAGAAGAUACAACUACUGAAGAGAUAGUUACAAGAGAAGACACAACUACUGAAGAGCCUUUUUCACCAGAAGAUACAACUACUGAAGAGAUAGUUACACCAGAAGAUACAACUACUGAAGAGAUAGUUACACCAGAAGAUACAACUACUGAAGAGAUAGUUUUACCAGAAGAUACAACUACUGAAGAGUUAGUUACAAGAGAAGACACAACUACUGAAGAGAUAGUUACACCAGAAGAUACAACCACUGAAGAAAUAGUUACACCAGAAGACACAACUACUGAAGAGAUAGUUACACCAGAAAAUACAACUACUGAAGAGACUUUUUCACCAGAACAUAUAACUACUGAAGAGAUAGUUACACCAGAAGAUACAACGACAGAAGAAAUAGUACUACCAGAAGAUACAACUACUGAAGAGAUAGUUACACCAGAAGAUACAACUACUGAAGAGAUAGUUACACCAGAAGAUACAACAACGGAAGAGAUAGUUACACCAGAAGAUACAACUACUGAAGAGUUAGUUACACCAGAAGAUACAACUACUGAAGAGAUAGUUACAAGAGAAGACACAACUACUGAAGAGAUAGUUACACCAGAAGAUACAACCAUUGAAGAAAUAGUUACACCAGAAGACACAACUACUGAAGAGAUAGUUACACCAGAAAAUACAACUACUGAAGAGACUUUUUCACCGGAACAUUUAACUACUGAAGAGAUAGUUACACCAGAAGAUACAACUACUGAAGAGAUAGUUACAAGAGAAGACACAACUACUGAAGAGCUUUUUUCACCAGAAGAUACAACUACUGAAGAGAAAGUUACACCAGAAGAUACAACUACUGAAGAGAUAGUUACACCAGAAGAUACAACUACUGAAGAGAUAAUUACAAGAGAAGACACAACUACUGAAGAGCCUUUUUCACCAGAAGAUACAACUACUGAAGAAAUAGUUACACCAGAAGACACAACUACUGAAGAGAUAGUUACACCAGAAGAUACAACUGCAGAAGAGAUAGUUACACCAGAAGAUACAACUACUGAAGAGAUAGUUACAAGAGAAGACACAACUACUGAAGAGCCUUUUUCACCAGAAGAUACAACUACUGAAGAGAUAGUUACACCAGAAGAUACAACUACUGAAGAGAUAGUUACACCAGAAGAUACAACUACUGAAGAGAUAGUUUCACCAGAAGAUACAACUACUGAAGAGAUAGUUACAAGAGAAGACACAACUACUGAAGAGAUAGUUACACCAGAAGAUACAACCACUGAAGAAUUAGUUACACCAGAAGACACAACUACUGAAGAGAUAGUUACACCAGAAAAUACAACUACUGAAGAGACUUUUUCACCAGAACAUAUAACUACUGAAGAGAUAGUUACACCAGAAGAUACAACUUUUAAAGAGAUAGUUACACCAGAAGACACAACUACUGAAGAGAUAGUUACACCAGAAGAUACAACUACUGAAGAGAUAGUUACACCAGAAGAUACAACUACGAAAGGAAUAAUAACACCAGAAGAUACAACGACAGAAGAAAUAGUACUACCAGAAGAUACAACUACUGAAGAGAUAGUUACACCAGAAGAUACAACUACGAAAGGAAUAAUAACACCAGAAGAUACAACGACAGAAGAAAUAGUACUACCAGAAGAUACAACUACUGAAGAGAUAGUUACACCAGAAGAUACAACUACUGAAGAGAUAGUUACACCAGAAGAUACAACUACUGAAGAAACUUUUUUACCAGAAGAUACAACUUCUGAAGAGAAAGUUACACAAGAAGAUACAACUACCAGAGUGGUAUCUACACCAGAAAAAACAACUACUGAAGAGAUAGUUGCACCAGAAGAUACAGCUACAGAAAAGAUAAGUACACUAGUAGAUUCAACUACCGAAAUAGUUACAUCAGAAGAAAAAACUACCCGAGAGCUAGUUACAAAUGAAGUUACAACUAAUAAAGAAAUAGUUACAUCACAACAGAAAACUACCGAAGAAAUAGUUACAUUACAAGAUUCAACUAUUGAAAAUGUAGUUACACCUGAAGAUACAACUGCACUAGACAUAAUUACACCAGAAGAUGCAACCACGACAGAGCUUAUUAAUCCUGAAGUUACAACUACCGAACAGCUAGUAACAUCAGAAGAUAUAACCACUGAGCAACUAUUAACAUCAGAAGAUACAACCACCAAACAGCUAGUGACAGUAGAAGGUACAACAAAUAAAGAAAUUAUUACACCAGAAGGUACAACUACACCAGAGCUUAAUACAUCAAAAGAUACCACUGUGGUAGAGGAUACAACAAAAGCUGAUAUAGUUUCAUCAGAUGAUGCAUCUACCACAGAGUCGGUGACAAUGAAUUUUAAAACAACAUCUGAGCUAGCUUCUCCAGGGGCUACAACUAUGACGGAGAACGUUACAAAUGCUGAUUUAACUACAUUUGAAUAUUCAAAUACAAAAACUACAAACGAAAUAGUUACACCAGAAUAUCAAACUACAUCAGAGAUAAUAACGUCACUAGAGGAUACAACUACAGAAGAUCGAACGACCCCAGAGGAUAGACUUACGACGAUGCUAGUUACACCAGAAGACAAAACUGAAGCUACUUUAAUUUCAUCAGAAGAUACAACUAAAGAAGAGCAGUUUACUUCCGAACCCACCGUUUAUUUAUCAAGAACACCAGAAUCUACAAGAAGUACAACUAGUUCGUCUGAAACUUCCCUAAGUAACACGGAAUAUAUAAGCACGAAUACAAAUAAUUAUUUCAUUACUUCGCCGACUUCAGAGGAAUUUACAUUUUUUUCAUAUACCGGCACAAUCUCUACUGAUAGUUUCCCUAGUACAACAGAAUCCAUAACUACCUCACCUAGCACAGCCGAAUCCACAACUACUUUACCUAGUACAACAGAAUCCAUAACUACCUCACUUAGCACAGCCGAAUCCAUAACUACCUCACCUAGUACAGUUGAAUCCACAACUACUUUACCUAGUACAACAGAUUCUAAAACUAUUUUACCUAAUACUACAGAAUCCACAACUUCUUUAUCUAGUACAACAGAAUCCACGACUACUUUACCUAGUAAAACGGAAUCCAUAACUACUUUGCCAAGUACUACAGAAUUUACAACUACUUUAACUAGUACAACAGAAUCCACAACUUCUUUAUCUAAAACAACGGAAUCAACUACUACUUUUCCUAGUACAACAGUGUCCACAACUACUUUAGUUAGUACAGUUGAAUCCACAACUACUUCACCUAGUACAACAGAAUCCACAACUACUUUGCCUAGUACUAGAGAAUUUAUAACUACUUUACCUAGUACAACUGAAUCCUUUACUACUUCACCUAGUACUACAGAAUCCACAACUACUUUAUCUAAAACAACGGAAUCAACUACUACUUUUCCUAGUACAACAGUAUUCAUAACUACUUUACUUAGUACAGUUGAAUCCACAACUACUUCACCUAGUACAACAGUAUCCACAACUACUUCACCUAGUACAACAGAAUCCAUGACUACUUUACCUAGUACAACAGAAUCCAUGACUACUUUACCUAGUACAACAAUAUCCACAACUACUGUACCUAGUACAACAGUAUCAACAACUACUUCACGUAGUACAACAGAAUCCAUGACUACUUUACCUAGUACAACAAUAUCCACAACUACUUUACCUAGUACAAUAGUAUCAACAACUACUUCACCUAGUACAACAGAAUCCAUGACUACUUUACCUAGUACAACAGUAUCAACAACUACUUCACCAAGUACAACAGUAUCCACAACUACUUUACCUAGUACAACAAUAUCCACAACUACUUUACCUAGUACAACAAUAUCCACAACUACUUCACCUAGUACAACAGAAUCCAUGACUACUUUACCUAGUACAACAGUAUCCACAACUACUUUACCUAGUACAACAAUAUCCACAACUACUGUACCUAGUACAGCAGAAUCCAUGACUACUUUACCUAGUACAACACCAUCCACAACUACUUUACCUAGUACAACAGUAUCCACAGCUACUUCACCUAGUACAACAGUAUCCACAACUUCUUUACCUAGUACAACAGAAUCCACAACUACUUUACCUAGUACAACAAUAUCCACAACUACUUCACCUAGUACAACAGAAUCCAUGACUACUUUACCUAGUACAACAGUAUCCACAACUACUUUACCUAGUACAACAAUAUCCACAACUACUGUACCUAGUACAGCAGAAUCCAUGACUACUUUACCUAGUACAACACCAUCCACAACUACUUUACCUAGUACAACAGAAUCCACAACUACUUCACCUAGAACAACAUUAUCCACAACUACUUUACCUAGUACAACACCAUCCACAACUACUUUACCUAGUACAACAGAAUCCACGACUACUUUAUCUAGUACUACAGAAUCCACGACCACUUUACCUAGUACAACGGAAUCAACGACUACUUCACUAAGUACCACGCCAUCGAUAUUAAGUACAACCAAUUCUACUACUCUAUCAAGUACAGUAAUUUCUACUACACUAUCAACUACUCCUUCCUCUUCUGACACUACCAUAGCAACAACAAAACUUAUCACAACAACGACAACAUUGUCAACAUCUACUCCCUCAACAACAACAUCAUCCACCACACAAAAAUCUAGCACGACAUCAACCACAUCAGCUACGACAAGCACGUCGAGGUCAACGUCCACGACUACUCAAACAACUUCAACAGAGGCGCCACCUACAUCUGCAAACGCGUUGUAUUCCUAUGGCUCUGACGUUGGUGAUCAGACUGUAUCGCAAGAGUUUGCAACUUAUAUUAGUCCAAUAGUUCAAUUUAGUGGUUAUAUUCCUUUUGGAUCAAAAUUACAUAAGGAUUUUCAGGUUUCAAUAUUUGGUGCAAUAACCUUUGGAGAACCAUACACACCUCUACCACCAAGCAUUCGACAGGCAAAUGGUAGGUCUCAAAAUAUAUUUGCACCAUUCUGGAGUGAAGUUGAUUCUAACUAUGCCAACUCUCGUGUCUAUUAUCAUUUGUAUGAGAAAGUCAGGGAUAAAGGAACUUACUUCAGUUCUCCUAUGCAGGAGCAAAUUUUUUCCCGGGCCUCAUCAGAGGUGAAGGAAUUUUUUCCACGUGGUUCUGGAAAUUUCAAUGCCAGUACUGUGAUAGUUGUAACUUGGAAGAAUAUGAAACCAUAUGCCUGGUACUCAUGGCUUUGUAGAGAAAAUCAAUAUUCGACUACAUCUAGCAUUUACUGUGGUAAUCAAACAGAAGUCAAUACUUUCCAAGCUAUCAUUGCCAGUAAUGGUACAACAACCUAUGCUAUAACAAUGUACCAGAAAGGUGGAAUGAAAUGGGAGUUUGUUCCUAAUAGAAAUAUUUUUGUAGGAUAUUUAUAUGAUAACAAAACUAAGGACUAUGGACUAACCUAUUCAAGAAAAACAAUAACUCUUGCUACUGACAUUGGAACAGCAGGCCGUGAAGGAACUUAUAUUGAUAUAGUUGGUACAUCUGACAACCCUGCACAAAAAUGCUUAGACUUUUACUACAGCAACCAGAAUCUCAUUGACAAUGCACAGUUUCAGAGUGAUGCCAAGUCACUGUUGCAAUGUCCUUGUAGUUUAGAAAGAUUAAGCUAUCAAUGGACACUUGUGGAAAAGAGAAGUAAUGACAGCAUUUACUGCUAUGCAAUAUCUUCCAAUUACAUGAAAAGAGAACUUCCAAAAAAUACUCUAAAUAAGCUUUGCUGUUAUCAAUAUAAAAACUCAACUAGUAACAGAUGGGAAGAUACACAACGAGCUGCUAGAGAAUCAUUCUAUGUUUCUGGUGUAGCAGACUCUGGAAACAUUUUAACAGAAAAUCCUUUCCAAGAGAAUAGGCGUCAGUCUUUGGAGAAAGAUUUAACCGCCAAGAUUUGGUGUUGCAAGGAAUCGGAUCUCUGUGAUCUUUACAUUAAAGUCCGCCCUGAACAUAGAUGCAGUUUAGAUUCAUCUUUUCUGUCUGCUUCCUCUUUUGGUGACCCGCACAUCACAACUUUUGACAAUUAUGUUUAUACACUAAAUGGAUGGGCAGAGUAUAUCAUAAUAUACAUUGAGAACAAAUUCAUGUUUCAGGCAAGAACUGGUCGAGCAGAAACAACCAAUGGCACAUUAACCAAUGCCACAGUGUUUAUAGCAUUUGCAGUGAAUGAGGGCAAUGGCUCCUCUAUAUUACAAGUUGAGAUUUCUCAGACAAAAACAGCCAUGAUUAUCUAUGCUGAUAAAAUAGACUAUACUAAUGAUUUCUAUGGGUCAACCACCUUCCAGAAGACUCUGAGCAAUUUCAUUAUUUUAAGAGAAGACAGUGCAAACAAAACUAGACUGGUGGCAUCUUUUACUACAGGUAUCACAUUGAAAAUGUUCAUUGGCACAAGAAGUCUUGAGUUCACAGUACAAGCUGACAUUAAGUUACAAAACCAAACUCGAGGACUUAUGGGUAACUUUGAUGGGAAUUCAAACAAUGACUUCAUCCUGCCGAAUGGUACAGUGUUGACAGCUAAUCAGACCAACACAGAGAGGAAAAUAUUUGAAAAUUUCGGAAAGAAAUGGGAAGUUACUGACAAAGACAGUGUCUUUACCUAUAUCAUCAGAGAAAGUGCAGCUACUUACAGACAUCCAGAUUUUGUUCCAAUGUUUAUUGAAGAAGUAGAUCAAGUAAAACUAGCUGCAGCAAAAACUAAAUGUGGCUCUUCCAAUGAUGCUUGUAUAUUUGACUAUCUGGCUACUGGAGAUGAUGAAUUUGCUAGAAACACAAACAACACAAACCAAGAGGCCAAAGCAGCUUCUGUUUCUUUAACCAACAAUUUACCAGUCCUAAACUUGACCCAACAGUUAAAUAAUGACAGUCAAUGGGAUGUAACAGCCAAUAGAACCAACACUAUUAAAGUGUAUGCAACUGAUGCUGAUAGUGAUAUUGUCACUUAUAAAUUGCAAAACCCUUCUUCUAGACUUAAUGUAUCGGCUGAUGGAGUUAUUUCGUACAUCCCUGAUGUCGAGAGUUCUAUUAUCAUUCAAGUUUAUGCUGUAGACAGCAAAGAGGGUCUAUCUAAUAUCAUCACAAUACCAACUGCUACAUGCACCAACUGUAGUGGACAUGGAGAAUGUGAUAAAAGUAGGGUACUCAGUGCUUCUGGAACAUCUAAGCUGUUUGCUUGUAAAUGCGAUCCUGCUUAUACAGGAGAUUUUUGUAAUGAGAACUACAAUGCAUGUAGUGCUAGUCCUUGUGCUGUGGGCCAGAACUGUACUGACCUGACACCAGAACAGCAAGGCAUGAAUCUUACUGGCUAUGUGUGUGGACCUUGUCCUCUUGGAUUUCAGGAACAAGGUGGCAAGUGUUUAGACAUCAAUGAAUGCAGUUUUAAUGUCACCUGUUCACAAGUAUGUGUCAACACAGUUGGAUCCUACAGUUGUAGCUGUUCCAGUGGUUACAGGAUGAAUGUGCAGAAUAAAACACUUUGUGAUGAAAUUGAUGAAUGUGAAGAGAACACAGAUGACUGCCCUCAAAUAUGUGAAAAUAAUCCAGGCAGCUACUCCUGUGAUUGCUUUACAGGAUACUAUAAGAUUAAUGGAACUUGCAUCCAGAACAAAACAAAUGAGGAGAAAUGUAAAUCCAAAAAUUGUUCACAACUGUGUCUGGUGGAAAAUGAAGUAGCAAGGUGUGAAUGUAAUGUAGGAUACUCACUUGCUCAAGAUAACAUUUCUUGCAUCAACAUUGAUGAAUGCAAACUAACCAAGAAGCCCUGUAGUCAAGUCUGUACAGAUACAAUAGGGAAAUUUAACUGUUCAUGUUAUAAUGGCUUUGAACUAAUGGAUGAUAAAAUUUCUUGCACAGCUUGUGAAACUUCUUUCUAUGGCUAUAACUGCAUGAAAUCUUGUCAAUGUAGUGGACAUGGUACCUGCGACUCUGUUAGAGGCUGUGUAUGUAGCAAAGGCUGGGAGGGAGACAACUGCAACAUAGAUAUUGAUGAAUGUAGUCUAGACACGGAUGACUGUUCUGUUGGAGAAAUUUGUGUCAACACUCUUGGAGGCUAUACUUGCAAUUGUCCUGUUGGCUAUUUAAGGAAUGUAAACUGCCAAGAUGUGAAUGAAUGUGCUGACCCAACACUGAACUCUUGUGAUGCAUUAAAAGAAGACUGUGUUAACAACGUAGGAAGCUAUGUCUGUAACUGUAAAUCUGGAUAUUUCAGAAACACUACAAGUCAGCUGUGCGAGGACAUUGAUGAAUGUAAAACUGGUGAAAACAAUUGCCAGCAGGUCUGUGUCAAUGUGGUCGGGAAAUACAACUGUGAAUGUAUAUAUGGCUUUGUGUUGAGUGAUAACAGAGCAUCCUGUUCUCAAGCUAAGGAUGUGUGCAAGGAUUUUGAGAAAUUGAAUUGCUCUCAAGGAUGUACUGUAGAUUUGCAGCAGAAUAAAUCAUUUUGCUUCUGUAGUGAUGGUUACCAACUUGUUGGCAAAGAAUUGUGUCAAGACAUCAAUGAGUGUGAAGUAUCAACCCUAAACUUGUGUAGUUAUAAGUGUGAAAAUCGUGUACCAGGAUACAGCUGUUCCUGUGCCCCUGGUACAAGGCUAGACAAUGAUGGACGUACAUGUAGAGUCUGUAGUAACACAACAUGGGGAGUCAAUUGUUCCAGAUCUUGUUCUUGUUCUACUGGAGCUUUACGAUGUGAUAAUGUUAGAGGAUGUAUUUGUAAACCUGGAUAUACCGGUGUUUACUGUGAAGUGGAUGUGAACCAAUGUACUAAUGGUGAAGUCAAGUGCAGUGAAACUGAGCAGUGUGUGAACAGACCUGGUCCUGAUUACUGUGUUUGUAAAACUGGUUAUAGACUGUCAGGCAGUUCUUGCACAGACAUUGAUGAAUGUUCUGAGUCCUCAUUAAACACUUGUCAACAGACUUGUAUCAAUUCCAAUGGAAGUUAUUCUUGUGCUUGCUGGCCGGGUUACACUUACAAUACAAACACAAACACCUGUGUUGAUAUAAAUGAGUGUGACUUGAAGUUGGACAAGUGUUCCAGUAUCUGUAUAAACACAGUAGGCAGUUACCGUUGUUCUUGUAAACCUGGCUAUAAACUUGAAAGAGAUGGAUACACAUGUCAAGUCACCAGUGUGUGCACCAACAGUUCAAUGUGUCAAUUCCAGUGUGCUAAUGUCAAUGGCAUCGAUACUUGUUUCUGUCCUAAAGGACAAGCUUUAAGCAGCGAUUUGAGAAACUGUAGAGAUGUAGAUCUCUGUUUAAACAGUUCUUGCUCUGAAAUUUGUACCGAAACUGACUACAAUACAAGUAUCAUAUGUUCUUGUCCAACCGGUAAAAUGUUGGCUGCUGACGGCUUCACUUGUAAUACUUGCACAAAUAAUUUAUGGGGAAAUAACUGUGCUAACCAGUGCAGCUGUUUUCCUACUACUACACAGAGUUGUAGCCCCUUGACUGGUACCUGUCAGUGUCAGAGUGGAUGGAAUGGAACUGACUGUUCUGUAGAUAUCAAUGAGUGUACUCAAAACCAAACUAUCUGUGCUUCUAAAAAUAACACAGAAUGUCUCAACACAAACGGAGCCUAUAUCUGUAUUUGUAAACUUGGUUAUGGGAAAACAUCUGGAAGUGAUGAAUGUCAAGCUUGCAGUGACAACUUCUAUGGUAAAGACUGUAGCCAACAGUGUAACUGUAACAGCUUUCAUUCAACUUGUGACAAAACAAAUGGAACUUGCCUCUGUAACAAGGGAUGGACUGGCCCAACAUGUGAUGAUGAUGUAGAUGAGUGUACAAAUACCAAUAGCUGCAAUAGUCUGAAGAAUGAAAAGUGUGUCAAUUCUCAAGGCAGUUUUGAGUGUCAAUGUCAAAUUGGAUACAAGAGACCUAAUCCUGCCGAAGAUUGCACAGUCUGUCCACCCUUCACCUAUGGAGAGUCCUGUCAUGGCUCUUGUGCCUGUGACACUACCAAUGCUAAGAGUUGUGACCACAUCAAUGGAACUUGUUCAUGUACAGCUCAGUGGAAAGGAGAAGCAUGCUCAAUUGAUGUGGAUGAAUGUAGUGAAAUGUUGUAUAACUGUCCUAAUAACAGUUUUUGUAGUAAUCUAAAUGGUGGCUACAUGUGCACAUGUAAUCCUGGCUACACAAAAAAUCUGACUGAUAAUACAUGUCAUGCCUGUGCCUGCAACAUGUCCAACUCUGUUGGCUGUGACCCAAACUCUGGAUUGUGUUUCUGUAAAUCCAACUGGGAAGGACCUGAUUGUAAUGCAGAUGUUGAUGAAUGCUUAAAUAGCACAUUGUAUCACUGUGUGCCAGAGCAAUGCAACAACACAGUGGGUGGAUAUAACUGUGAAUGCUCAGUAGGCUAUUUGAAGAAUGUUAGCAGCGGCCAUUGUGAAGAAUGCCCAUGUAAUAUAUCCAACAUAAUUGGUUGUGAUUCAACAUCAUGUUAUUGUCAAUCUGGCUGGAAUGGCUCAAUGUGUAAUGAAGACAUUAAUGAAUGUCAAGACCAUAUGCUCUUCAACUGUACUAAUUCAAACUGUAGCAAUACUUUAGGUGGAUAUGAGUGUGUUUGUUGGAACAAUUACUUUAAAAACAGUACCAACAAUCAAUGUCAAGCCUGUGCAUGCAAUGUCUCUAACACUUUGUCAUGUGACCCAACAUUUGGUAAUUGCUCUUGUAAAUCUGGUUGGCAAGGUUCUACUUGUAAUGUAGAUGUCAAUGAAUGUUUAGAUGCCACUAAAUACAACUGUCCACCAAACUCAAGUUGUAACAACACAUUAGGUGGAUAUGAGUGUCUGUGUUUACAAGGAUAUUACAAAAAUACCAACACUAGCAAAUGUGAAGAUAUUGAUGAAUGCAAAGAGAACACUUACCAGUGUCCCAACAACAGUACUUGUUCCAACACAGUUGGUGCCUACUUAUGUAAUUGUGUUGAGGGCUUCUUUAAAAAUGACACUGCAAAUAACUGUCAAUCCUGUAUGUGUAACAUGUCAAACUACAUUAGCUGUAAUUCAUCAUCUGGGUUAUGUAUGUGCAAGCCUGGAUGGGCUGGUUCUUCUUGUAGUGAUGAUGUGAAUGAAUGCACCAACUCCAGUCUCUGCGACUCAUCUAAACAUGAGAUUUGUCACAAUACACCUGGAGGUUACAAUUGUAGCUGUCCAUCUGGAUAUUUUAGAGCUACAUCUUCAGACGCCUGCACGAAAAUAAUUGAAAAAGAAAUGCAAGUGACAUUUUCAUACAAUGUUAGUAGCAUCAACAUAAGUGACACAGCCAGUCAUGGAUAUCAAGAUUUGAAAAACAAAACAGAAGACUAUCUGUUCAAACAAUUUCAGAAAACAGUACCCAAGCUGAGAUAUGUCAUAGUCUUAAGACUGAGCUCAGGCAGUCUGAUUGUUAAUUUUAAUCUUGCCUACGAUGAAGAUGAAAAUCCUAACUCUGUAGUCAGUGCAGUCAGAGAGCUAGCAUCUCAGACUCAAGUGAGUCUGGGAGGUCAGAAUGUGACUAUCUUGGAUGUCAAAGUUAAUCAGACUACAAUCAGCAAUUUAACUUUAUGUGAAAUACGAGAUGCUGUGGACAAAUGCUUGGAUACUGAAUAUUGUGAAGAAAUAAAUAGCACAGCUGUAUGCAAGGCUAUUCCAAUAAAAAUUGUAGAGAAAAAGAUGCAAGUCACAUUUACUUUCAAUGCCACUGCCAUCAACUUAACUGACACUGCCAGCGAAAAGUACCAAACCUUGAAAAAUGAAACAGAAAUAUAUCUCUUUCAACACUUCAAGAAUCUAACAGAACUGGUCAAUGUCUCUGUAACUCAUCUCAGGUCUGGCAGUCUUGUUGUAGACUUUGUAUUGAUUUUGAAAAAAGAGCCAGAUAUUAACCAGUUCAUACAAGUAGUGAAAAUACUCUUAAGUCAAACCAACAUAGACAUUGGAGGUCAGAACGUUUCAGUGAGUGCAGUAAAAGUGAAUGGAACAGAAUUAUCUACCAACUCAACACUUUGUGAUAUCAGAGAUAGUAUCAAGAAGUGUAAUAAUUCUGAAGUUUGUAUAAUCAAUGGUACAACAACCUACUGCAGCUCUGCUCCAUCAACAUCAGAUGACACCAACCUCAUCAUUGGAUUGGCUGUUGGUAUUCCACUCUUCUGUCUGUUGUGCGCUGUAGUUGCAGCUGUUGUUUGCCUUUAUGCCAGAAGGCACAAAAAACACAGCUUUGGGCAAGGCAGCAAUGAUGAUGAAAGCUAUUUUCACCAACCAUUUGUCAAAUCACUGGUCAUGCGUGGGGACUGGGGAUCUCACACUGGUUCUUACAUACAAACCAAGCUCUCCACCAGCUCCAGUGAGGAGCAAGAUUCUCAUAAACACUAUGACAACUACGAAGCCUCAACAUGGAACUCAAGCAAGAAUGCUGAAGAUCCGAAUAGGUUCACUUGGGAUUUCUUAUACAAAAGUUUGGAACCUAAUAAAGAAUUCCAAAUUCCAAGACCAAAUUUUCAUUUAGGUCACACUUCAGAUAUAUAGAUCCACCAUCCACCUUCUUGUGGGUCGCAUUGUUUCUCUGAGAUGAAUUCAUUUACAAUCUACAAUAUUUUAGUCUCUAAAGACAUGUACAUUGAAUUGAAUGCUGGUCUACUUCUUGAAGUAUCUCCAGGCUACCUAGCAAGAAAAUUAUAAUUUGUAAUUCAAAUUGAAUUUCACUGCUCUGUGUAUAAAUUAUUAAGUAAUCUCCAUAUUAUUUUACUGUUUUUGUAUGACAUGUUUACAGUAUACACAACUAUAUUAUUCCAGUAUAACAUUUUAGUGUUGUUUAGUCCUCACAGGCAACUAUUUUAUUGUAAAUGAAAUACUUACAACAAUUUUUUGACAUUUCUUUUUCCUUUACAUCAUAUAUUUUUUUUAACCAUAUCAUUUAAUCUUGUUAUAAUUUAAUUAUAAAACUAAUGGGAAGUAACCAUAUUGCUCAGUUUCAUUUUAAAAUUUAUUUACUUACCAGACAUUUCUAUCUUAAUAUGACAUCUUUCUUUUAUAUUCAGUUACAACUGGAAAUUGCAGUAGUGAAGUUUUAGUUUUUAUUUACAUUCUUCUUUGCCAAAUUGUGCAUUAUGUUUCUAUCAUUUGUGGACAUUUACCUCUGUUAAUGUUUCCUAGUAUUUAUUUAUUUAAUGUCACAUAGAUUCUAACCCUCCUUUCAGAGAUGCAAUGGUGCUAACCUAACAGUGGAGAAACUUUUUUUUUUGUUGGUUAACCAAUGUUUUCAACUGGACAUUUGAUUCGGUGGUUGAUAAUGUACCAUAAGAAUGCUUGAACUAAAACAUAGACGUAACCCUUUUUGAAACUCUAAAAUAGUUUUCCCAUGAAUUAGCAUAGAAUAUGUAUUGAUUUUUUUUGUUUUUUUUUAAAUCAUAGUGCUACUCACCUAAAUUUAAUUGGCCAGACAGGCUACAGUAACAAAAACACUAAGAGUUAUAAUCAUUUGAGUUUAGGAGGAAAGAGUUGAUUCCAAAGACUUGUAAACAUUUAAUAAUUUAUAUACCCUCAAAAUAAAUGUUGUUUUUUUAAGAAAAGUAUUGCUGUAUUAAUGAUUUGUGCUCAUUUAAUGUAAACAUAAACUAUCAAUGUUUUAUGCAUCCCUCAAACUUUUCAUUUUAAUGGUAAAUAUUAUUUGUUAUAUAAUUGGAUCAAUGCCUUAAUUUAUACUGUGAAAAACUAUUACAAAAAGUGACUAACUAUAUUUAUUAUAUUUUUGGGGGAAGGUAAACUUGUUGUAUAGAACAUGUUUCUGACAUAGUGAUAAUGUGUCACACUUUUAAUGUUGUAACUGUGUAACAUAAAUACUGUAUGGUUAAAGCAAAUUGAAUACAUUUGAUAGUAGUUGUGUUGAAAUAUGCUGAUAAUUUAACUUCCAUUUCAAGUGUUUAAAUCAUGAGUUGACAAGUAUUGAUCUAUCCAUGAGAUGUAAAGUAUAGAUACCGAUGGCAAUACAACAUAGUACAUAAAAUUGCUCAUAUUUGAUUGUUAUAAACAUUUAUAAUUCAAAAAUUGUUGACAUUGUUGAAUAAAAAUAUAUAUUGUAAUAUCUAA